AUGGUCAUGGACGUGGUCGUGGACGUGGAUGCGAAUGCGAAAGCGAAUCCUGGAACAGAGCUAGUUCUAAGAGUAAAUGGUAACCUUGCCACUGAGGGGCGGAAGGAGCAAUUGGCCAAAAUGGUAUUCGAAGUAAAACCCAGAAACGUGACGGGAUUCACAAGCGGCGUUGAACGCAUGCCGGAAGACCACAAGGGCAUCAUAGCCGACCAAACUGGUGCAAACAGCAGCAACAUCAGCAUCCGCACCAACACCAACACCAGCCACAAGCGUUUGAACCGCUUCACCCAGUUUUUGGACCUCCUGCCCUUGGGACUCAACUCCAGCUCCGUCAAGUUGGCCACCACAUCGUCGUCACCGCAGUCACAAUCACACUCACAGUCACAGUCACAAACACAAACACAAUCACAAUCACAGAGCCAGCCAUCCGUAUCGGUAUCCAUGUCCCCGUCGCUGGGCAGUCCGCAUCUCAGCAGUUCGCAGCUGGAGGUCUCUGCUGCCGGAGACAGCCUCCAACGAUCCAUUAGCUUCCACUCCGAGGAGCUGCUUCUGGACGUAGUGACCGGCGAGGAGUUCCGUGACCUGCAGCACAGGUAGUGGGGCCGUUUUAGGUGCAUAGCACCAGGCACAAUGUACAAAACACACCAGACACUACACACAGCAAACACAACACACACACCUGAUAUAAUUAUUCAAACACAAACGGCAGCUGCAGAUGUUGCCCGGGCCACUCGGGCGCAUACUUAAUGUCCUGCUUAAGG